AGCAGGAGGACCAGCAGUAGAAGAAGAAGAAGAAGCAGGAGGACCAGCAGCAGAAGAAGAAGAAUUAGUAGCAGAAGUUGUCUUGUUCUCUCAUGUUUACUCAUUAAACUCUGUAAAUCGGCUGUUAUCGCAGCGCACAUCGAGGCGGACAUGCAUCGCUGCGUUUCCAGGUGCGUGGAGCAGCGUUGGCGCCGUGCAGUCCGCUCUAUGAGCUCCGCCGUGGCGAAGCGGAACGCCCUGCGCAGCUCCUUCCCGGUGCUGGACCUGCCCGUGCAGCCGAUCCACCGUCACGUGUUCGACGCCAACGUCCGGAACAGCGAGGCCUGCAGCCGGAGGUUCGCCGAGCUCAGCGAGCAGGUGAGGAAAGGGGGCGGAGCCAACGCCGUGGCCAGACACGUGCAGAGGAACAAGAAGGUCCUGGUCCGAGACCGGCUGCGGCUCCUCCUGGACGACGAGGACUACCUGGAGCUGUCGCCGUUCGCCGGCCUGGGCCUGCCGUACGGGGACAUCCCCUCAGCCGGGUGCCUGACCGGCGUGGGCCGGAUCAACGGGCUGUGGUGCGUCUUCAUCGCCAACGACGCCACGGUGAAGGGCGGCACGGCGUACCCCAUCACGGUGAAGAAGCAGCUGCGGGCGCAGCAGGUGGCGCUGCAGAACCGGCUGCCCUGCGUCUACCUGGUGGACUCCGGGGGGGCCUUCCUCCCCCUGCAGUCGGAGAUUUUUCCAGACAGGAUGCACGGAGGGAGGACGUUUUAUAACGAAGCCAUCAUGUCUGCCAUGAAAAUCCCCCAGGUGGCGGUGGUGUGCGGCUCGUGCACGGCGGGCGGGGCGUACGUGCCCACCAUGGCGGAGGAGGCGGUGAUGGUGCACCGUGUCGGUACCAUCUUCCUGGGAGGCCCGCCGCUGGUCAAGGCGGCCACCGGGGAGGAGGUUUCCCCAGAAGAUCUGGGAGGAGCCCGGCUUCACGCCGAGGUGAGCGGCUGCGUGGAUCACUUCGCCUGGGAGGAGCAGGAGGCGCUGGAGUACACCAGAAACAUCAUCUCCACCCUCAACUUCCGGCUGCCGGCGUCGGCGGACGAGGAGGCGGCGGAGGAGCCGCUGCAGAGCCCGGAGGACCUGAUGGGUCUGGCUCCUCGCAGCUACGGCCACAGCCUGGACGUCCGGCUGAUCGUAUCCCGGCUGGUGGACGGCAGCCGCUUCCAGGAGUUUAAAGCUCGCUACGGCACCACGCUGGUGACCGGGUUCGCAAAGAUUCAUGGCCACCUGGUGGGAAUAGCAGCCAGCAACGGACACAUGUCCUGCCAGGCGGCGCUGAAGGGAACUCACUUCGUCCAGCUGUGUGACCAGAGAGACGUCCCUCUGCUGUUCCUCCAGAACACAGCGUCAGCACCCCCAUCGACACUGUCCACCGCACAGGCAGAGGCCAGUGGAGCCCGUCUGAAGGCCCAGGGUUCCAUGAUGGCUGCCAUCGCCUGUGCGUCGGUGCCCAAAAUCACGGUGGUGAUUGGCGGCUGCCACGGAGUGGACAGCUACAGUCUGUGUGGACGGGCGUUUGACCCCAACUUCCUGUACCUGUGGCCCAACGCCAGAGUGUCCCUGACAGCGCCGGGCGAGGCCGGCUCCCUGCUUCCCCCUAGUGGUGAGCCGGAGGAGGAGCAGAGGAAGCAGGAAGAGAAGCUGAACCGGAGGCUUGAGCAGGAGAGCUCGGCGUUCUUCUCCUCCGGCCGGCUGUGGGACGACGGAGUGAUUCUGCCUCAGGACACCCGGAAGGUCCUCAAAGACUCCCUGGACAUCAUCAAGCAGCAGCAGUACCAGCUGUCCACCGACAAGUCGCAGGCAGCGCCUCUGCGCAUGUGAAGGCCUUCGUGUUUGGUUUCCAGUAACUGUGGCCCUUCUGGUACAAGCUGCUGUGAAUGGAGAGACGAGUCGGUUCUCGGUUUCAGAAGGACUUUCCUGAUGUGCAGAGUGCAGCCGGACGGCGUGGAGGACCGUGGCCCCCGUCCAUUGACCGGUCACGAGGGCCGGAGGCCGUUCAUCACUGGAUCGCCCAGAGAAAACACUAACACAGACUCCCAAGUCAAAUUCUGUCCGUCUUGUGUCCAGUGACAGAAGAGAAUUGGACAAAUUCAUCUGCUCUCUUAGGACACGUGCUCUCUUGGAUGAGCUUUUAGUAUCUGUACUCUAUAAAACUGAUUUGUUACAGUUUUUGCAUUUAUGAGAAUAAAGAAGAAAGACCAGUUGUGCCUGCUGAGCUUCCAGAGUCUCAGCGUCCUGACCAGCAGACACGCCGAAGAACUUGGUUUCAGCCUGGAAUUGAACCAACAGCUCGUCAGAUGAAUUUUACUGUGUUUUUACACAUCGAAAUAAAAGUUGCACUUUGUAAUUACCGUUGUAAUUUUUGACGUUGUUAAUGAUUCUUGUUUGAACUAAGACGAGAGUUUUGUAUUAUUUCUAAAUUCGAGAUUGUAAAAACAUGAAAUGAAUAAAAGAGGACUGACUGUUGAAGACA